CUUAACUAACUGAGCCAGAUGCCCCCGUGCCACCCAGAUGCCCCCGUGCCACCCAGAUGCCCCCGUUUCUUCAACUUUAAUUGCUUAUCAGCAAAUUCAUGCUGAAGACAAACCUUAUGAGCACACUGACUGUGGAAAAGCCUUCAGGAAAUGUGCACACUUUACUCAACUACUGAGAAUUCAUACUGGAAGAAACUUUAUGUAUGUCAUGAAUGGGGUAAAGCCUCCAGUCAGACAUCAAAACUCACCAGACAUCACACUGGAUUCCUCACCAGAAGUCACACUGGAAAGAAGCCCUACAGAUGUGGCAAUUGUGGGGAAGCUUUUAGCAAUAAUUUAUACCUUACUGUACAUGAGGAUCCAUUCUGAAGAAAGGCCACGUAAAUGCAAUGAAUGUGGGAAGGCAUUCAGGAGUUUCCCAGAUUUUGCCAUCCAUCAGAGAAUCCAUACUGGAGAGAAACCCUAUGAAUGUAGUGAAUGUGGAAAAUCAAUUAUUUGUACACAAAACCUCAGAGCACAUCAGAGAAUUCAUGCAAGGAAGAAGCCAUAUACAUGGCUUUACAUGUAACAAAUGUGGGAGAAACUUUAGAAAUAAAUCAAGCCUUACUGUACGUCAAAGAAUUCA